GGGACGAUUGAUCGAUCAUCAUCAAUGGGAGGAGACGAGAGAGAGCGAGAGAAACAAUGGGAGAGGCUGCGAUCCGUACCAUCGUCGAAGCCAUUCACUCAUCUCCGACGCAGGCCGUCGUCUAUCUUUCCGGCGGUGCCUCUCUGGCUUUAGGUUGGUUGAUGUCGGUUCCUGGAGCUUCCAACACGCUUCUCGAAGCCGUGGUUCCUUAUUCCAGAGUUUCUAUGGUUCAAUUACUCGGCAGGGUUCCGAGCCAACACUGUAGCCAAGGAAUGGCCAAGGAGAUGGCCUUGUUAGCCUACAAUCGGGCGCUUAAGCUCUCUAAACCAGGAUAUCCGGUUCUUGGUAUCGGUUUUACGGGAUCAUUGGCAACUUCUCGUCCUAAGCGUGGGGAUCACAGGUUCUUUUUGUCUAUGAGAGCAUCCAACCGGAUUUGGGAAUCUUCAGUCACUCUAACUAAGAACUUACGGAGCCGAGAAGAAGAAGAUAAGGUGUCAAGUUGUGCACUGAUCCAGGCUAUGGCCAAAGCAUGCCAAGUUUCUGGGACACUUGACUCUGGCUUGACCGAGUCUGAGGUGCCUUAUGAGUCUGAAACCCACUUUACUGAAGAACAAGAACUAGAGCAGCUUAUAAAUGGGCACUUGACCUGUAAGAUUUAUCCAUUUUCUGGGGAAGCACAUGGGUCUGAUGAAUAUAGAAAGAUUAUACUUCCUGGCUCUUUUAACCCAUUACAUGAAGGUCAUCUCGAGCUAUUAGAAGUUGCUCUGAGGGUUUGUGGGGGCGGGUACCCAUGUUUUGAAAUAUCCGCAAUAAAUGCCGACAAACCACCGCUUUCAGUUGCACAGAUUAAAGAUCGUGUCAAGCAAUUUGAAGCAGUUGGAAAGACAAUUAUAGUUUCAAAUCAGCCAUACUUCUACAAGAAAGCUGAACUCUUCCCAGGAAGCAGUUUUGUAAUUGGCGCUGACACUGCAGCGAGGCUUGUCGAUCUAAAGUACUAUGAAGGAAGCUACAAAAGGAUGUUGGAGAUACUUGGUGAUUGCAAACGGACAGGUUGCACUUUCCUUGUUGGUGGCCGGAAUGUAGAUGGUGUAUUUAAGGUUCUUGAAGAUCUUGAUAUUCCGGAGGAAAUCAUCGACAUUUGCCUCAAGCUUUCACUAUCCAACCCAAGCUUGAUUUCUCAAAAGAACAAGAUAGAAAUCAAUCAAGAACUCAGUUAUGCAGGUAAACCGGAUCUUGGUGUGAUUACCGCUGUUUACAGGGAAUGGGAAAGAUGUAUUUCCCUUGAGGAGGUGAAACGUCUCUAUGUUGCGGAUUUUGGGUCAGGUCGUGUGGACAUAAUGAAUCCGGAUCAAUGGUAUGAGCAUUUGCACAGAAGAGGGAUGAGAUCGAAAGAGCAUUGCAGAGUUGCCUGGGAAGAGUUUAAAGAGUGUGCGAAUGUUUGUGAAUUGUGACAGAGAAGCCUUGUUAGAUAUUUACCACUCAUUAUAGUACAAGCUGAUAGUGAUUAGAAUCUGUAAGCAUAUUAUCCAGGGUUCUGCCUAUAAUUAGGGUUAGUGCGCAAACCUUGUAAUAUAUCCGAAUGAUAAAUAAAUGUGAUGCGAUCAU